AUGAGCAAAUCCUUGACGCUCCAGACUUUAAUGCGACUCUACCCGCACCUGCAGUUCUCGUGCAACACUUUCGGCACUUACAUAAUCAUUCAAUGUGCACGGUCCAUAGUCCAUCCAAAGACAACAUCUCGACAUCAAAGGUCUACCAACGUACAGCAACCACCAAGCCAUACACAAUUAGCAUCGAGGCGCUAUGGCUGCAGCUACAGGAAACACCGGCUGGGCCCAGCUGCGGCAACAGGCAAGAAGUCUAGAAACACAGGUACGAUAUUCCUCCGCUCAGAACGUCAUCCAGGCUUCCCUGACAUCCGGCCUCCACAGACAGAGACGCUAUUCCACACCUACUCUCAGUUCUCGACGGUAUCCGACAUCCCGGCAAAGCCCACAGAAGAAGAAAGGACCACAGAAGCGAAGCUCCAAGAUCUCCUCGAAAAACGCGAGAACGUCAUUUCACAAUUAUCCCGCCUCCUCGAUUCAGAAGCUGCUCUCACCUCAUCCGCUCUGAAACAGAACAACCUGGCUCUCCUUCGUGAGAAGCUCGCCGAGCAUAAGCGCGAUCUCGUGCGCCUGCGCAAAACCAUUUCCGAGGCUCGCGAUCGCGCCCACCUUCUUACGAACGUUCGCUCCGACAUCGACGAAUACCGUGCCAAUAACCCCGAAAACGCCGAGGCCGAGUACAUGCUUGCUGAGCGCAGCCGCAUCGAUAAUAGUCACAACAUGGCCGAUAGCGUCUUGUCCCAGGCAUACGCUGUCCAGGACAGCUUCAAUAUCCAGCGCGAGACACUCGCCAGCAUCAACCGUCGUAUCACCAUGGCUGCCAGCCAGGUACCGGGGUUGAACAGUCUAAUUAGCCGUAUCUCAGCUAAGAAGCGCCGGGACGGCAUCAUAAUGGGCGCAUUUAUUGCGUUUUGCUUCCUGAUGUUCUGGUGGUUCUUGUAA